GCAACAAAGCAUUGAUCCCUGAGCGCGAGCUAGCACUGCAUCUGGCACAUGAAAGUUGACUUCCAAAGCCAAGUAAUCAGCCUUCAGGUACGACUCGAUUCGACUCCACCGUAUGGACUAUGGCGUGACGAGGUUCCCGAAGUUCCUGCAGAGCAGCGGUGCGGUGCACAUUGCAUUGGCUGCGCCGUAAAAGUUAAUUGGGCCUACAGUCUGAACAGAGAUGCUGGCGCUGGAUCUGUGUUGGUUUUUAGAGAAGGCUUUACCUUAUGACUGUGUAUCGUCCAGUCCUGCCAGUUGUCAAUAAAUGCUGAAUUGUCACCGGAUGAAGCAGCAAUUGAAACGGGAUGGAUCGGUUUAUAAAGCAGGAACCAGUGUAUCAAGAAGAAGGAUAUAACGGAGGGAGUGGAUCUCAUUCCUUGUUUCCCACCAUUGUCAAGACAGAAGAUGGAACUCCUACUUCAGAAGCCAGCCGAGAUGGACCAGGACUGCCCGCUGUUCCUGAGUCGUCUAGGUCUUUGGAAGAUGAAGAACCUGAAGAGGGUUUGUCUGACGAGGGUAUCGGUCGGUCACCUGCCGCUUCUGAAUCUGUCGUUCAGUCAACCUCAGAGGAAGAGGCAGGGAUGUCUUCGACAAAUGCCACGGAUCCGAGGAAGAAUCUAUUACUGAAUAGUCUGGAGAAGCCCUUGUUUGAGUGCGACGUCUGUGGCAUGGUCUUCACGCAAGAGCACCACCGCUCCCGCCAUAUGAGGAAACACAUGUUUGUCUGUCGGUUUUGCUCUCGGGAAUUCCCCUCAGACCUUGCGUUGCUGAAGCAUGAAGAAAUACAUGAAGAGGGGAAGGAAUAUGUCUGUGAAGAAUGCAACAUUGUCUUUGGUAGUCGUGAUUCGCUUGAGACCCACUAUGCCGAACACGUGUACGCGUGCACCCAUUGCCGAAAGACCUUCACCAAUGAGUUGGCGCUGUCAAACCAUGAGCAAGGCCAUGGAGGUUCGAACAUAAGCUGUGAAGAGUGCGGGAAGAUAUUCACCCGAUUGAGCAACCUGAAAGUUCAUCAAAAUAAGCAUUGCAUUGGAAAAAAAACAGUAGACAUCCAGAGUAAAGCAUUGCUUGAUAGUAGCAAUGACAAGAAAACUUUGAACUCUUCCUUGGGAAAAUCUAAACCUAACCUUGCGGCUGGGAAAUUCAUUGGUUUUGAGCGGGACAGGGAUAUGUACUUCCAUUGUUCAGAGUGUCCAAAGGCUUUCGGUAAUGAAGCUGACUUUGUACAACAUCAGCUCGUUCAUCAAGUAGAUGGUCGCUUACUCAGCCCUGAUACUUCAACCAAUGCAUUUGAGUGUAAAGAGUGUGCGAAAUCGUACCCUACCAUAGAAGCAUUGCAAAGUCAUUACCUGAAACACAAAUACCCCUGUGACCUUUGCGAUAGGACCUUCACAAAUAUAAAAAAGUUCAAGGUUCACCGGAAUAGCCAUAACCUAAUCUUCCGGUGCCUGCAUUGUGAGCGAGAGUACAAGAAGCAGCACUACCUGAGGGCACACAUCCUGAAAGAGCAUAAUGGUGGUUCGAAAGAUAAAGCUCCGGAGACUGGAAUAAGUUCAACCAAGGCUCUCCCCAGAGUCCCAAGUGACGAAAAGGAAGAACUCUGUGAGCAGUCAAAAUCUCAUAGAUUGCUGCAACAUGCUGAGAAACCAGGCUCGCAGCCAAGCAUUAGAGAUCGUCAAUCUAUUGACUUUAGAAAACAUUGUGAAAGAGUCCCCAGUGACGACAAGGGAGAACUCUGUGAGCAGUCAAAAUCUCAUAGAUUGCUGCAACAUCCUGAAAAACCAGCCUUGCAGCCAAGCUCUAGAGAUCCUCAAGAUUCUACUGAUUUUAGAAAACGUUGUGAAAUGAGUAAGAGUGAACCAUACAGGAAGGAAAACAAGCCUCAUAAACCGCAAGACAGCACAGCAGAAAGGCCAUUAAUCUACACCUGUAGGAUAUUCCAGUGCAACGUUUGUUCAAAGACAUUUGCUCGUGAGAGUGAUCUUUGUCGACAUACUAAACUAAAACAUCAAGUGCUGAUCAAGGAAACGGAGUUUGCACCAACUAAGAAGUCACGUUCGAAGCGAGUCCGUUGCCCAAGCUGUCCAAAAGUAUAUGAAAAUAAGUCUUCCUUAUAUAGGCAUAUUAAGAAAGGUAAACACAUGGUCGCCUCUUUAAAGGCCUUUGAUGCAAAGAGUGAUUCUGUAGCGGAAGUGCCUCCAAAGCCUUUCAGAUGUACAAAAUGUCCAAAGGCAUACUCAAAGAACUAUCGUUUGACAGAACAUUUAAAACGCUGUCAUCUGAGCGAGUGGAAGAGGCGACAAUCAAUUAAACGUUUGACUUUAAAAAAGAAGUCAAAUGCCUUUGAGGAGGUGAAAUUGAAGGAAUUAUCCUGUAGGAUUUGUACGAAAUCGUUCCCUAGAAUGUUUGAUCUGACACAGCACAUGAACAGCAAGCAUCCCUCUCACAAGGUCCUCAGUGGCAAGAAAAUACCCAAACCAGGUCACCAUGAUCACUCGAGACUUGGUGAUCAUGCUAAGCUCAUACAAGACAACUUGCCAGGUACUGAAACCAGCACAGAUUUCCCAUGCAAGUUCUGUUCUAAAGUGUUUGUUCUUCAGCGUAAUCUUAGUCAACACAUGGCACUGAUCCAUCCAAGGUUGUUCAAGUGUACCAAAUGUCCAAAGGCCUAUGUGAGGAGAAAGCAUUUAAGUGAGCACAUCAAAAUUAAGCAUCCAGUCGAGUGGAGCAGGAGACAGUCUCUGAAAUUGCCACAUUCCGAUUUGAGGUUGAGCUGCAAGGUUUGUUCAAAGAUAUUUUCAAGUAAAUAUGCCCUUACUAUCCAUAUGAAACUUGGAAAGCAUGAUAACAACAGUGUAAUCCGAUGCAGCAUAUGUUCACGUGUCUUUAAACAGAAGAGGUACCUUUUACGCCACAUCAAGCAAUAUCACCCAGAGGCUAAACUGAACACUGUUAAAUCAAACGGAGCCAUGAGUUCUAAUAGUUCAAAUCAACAGCAUCAUACACUUCCUAAGGAGGUAAAAAGCAAGGAUGAUCAGUCCGCAAGGACUUCAAAUUCUGUCUGGAGUUGUAAGAUCUGUUCAAAGACAUUCUCAGGGAAGUAUACUCUGGACAUUCACAUGAAAUUAGGAAAACACAAAAGUAGUGCAACUCAGAGCAGAGUAGGUUCAAAGAAGGGGGUGUGGCCAAAUAGUCACAGGAGAGGACCUGAGGGUGUCAAUUUAAAUGAAUUCAGUUGCCCAAGAUGCCCAAAUGCAUAUUCUUCAAAGGCCAACGUCAAAAGGCACUUUGAAAAGAAACAUCCAGGCAGCGAUUGGGAUAUUGUCACCUCCUCAGUACUUUGGUAUAAGUGCAAGACAUGUUCUCAAUCCUUUUCAAACAGACUAGACCUCUGGAAACACAACCUUCAGGAGCAUCCUGAGCCGCAGGUCUGCAGGAUUUGUAAAACAGAAUUUGAUAGAAAGUCAGACCUCUCCAGACACAUGCGUAUCGGAAAGCAUGUCAAACCUGACCAGCCAGGGAAAAUGUUCAAGAACUCUCCAGGACCAGAAAGGGAAAAGAGUUACAAAUGCAGAAGUUGUUCAGCAGUAUACAAUACAUACUCUGGAUUGUAUAAGCACACCAGAGCAAAGCAUCCAGAUAUCAGGACACCAAUUCUUGACCCAUCUUCUACAGGUUCAGUAUACAGGUGCAAGGUAUGUGUGAAGACAUAUUCCAGGAAGUGCGAUGCGAAUAGACACUUUAUCCUCAAGCACAGAUCGGGCGUCUUUAGGGAUGAUACCAAGCUGAAUAAUUUCUGCCAGAAAUGCAACAAAGUCUUUGCGAAGCCUGGAUACUUGGCUGAACACAUGAGACAAAAGCACCAGAAAAACAAUACACCAUCUGAAUACAAGUGUACAAAGUGUGAUAAAGUAUUUACUAAAAGAUCUUACUUAAUGAGGCAUGUGAAUAAACAGCACGCAUUAUCAGAAAAAGUUCCUCUCAACACAAACCUGUCAGUGUCUCAGUAUCAACCCUACCAUUGUACCCUGUGUCCUCGCGUGUGCACCAGAAAAAGUUGUUUGUUGCAGCACAUGACUUUCAAACAUCCAAUGAAUCAAUGUAAAACGUGUCUGAAGUUCUUGCCAUCCAUACGUUCCUUGAGGGCACACGUUAAGAACAGACAUCCAGAGGUACCCAGCCAAGAAACCAGUCAGUCCAUGAAGAAGAUGGAUCAGAAAUACCAGAUUCAAAGAAAGAAGUCCAGUCAAGCUCAAGAGAAGCGACCCUUGGAUGCUUCAUCAGAGGUUUACCAAUGUCCUCAAUGCCCGAAGAAGUUCACUUCUGGAUUUAGCUUGACGACACAUAUUAAGUUGGGAAAGCACAUUAGGUCCAAGAAUCAGAAGGAACAUGAGGACUCAAAUUCCCAAGAAGGGAGUCUCGAGACGCCCUUUUUUCUCUGUGAAAAGUGCCCUCGACUAUUUCCUAGGAAGUGUGAACUAACUGUGCACUUGAAAAUGUGCCAUCGGGUGGAGGGCCAAGAACAUACCUAUUUCCAGUGUCCCAAGUGCCCAAUUUCAUUUGCGUCUAUGUGGAAGUUACAAGAGCACAUGACACGUGAUCAUCCGAGCCUGACUGGUAUCACACUGGCCAAUGUGGAAAUGUCCACUGCUGGCAAAUGUCCUCGAUGUUCCAAGUCAUUCCUUAAGCAGGAGGACUACUCAAAACAUGUUAGUGAGUGUAAGCAACUGUGUCAGAGCAGGUCCGGUUCACCUGAGAAUUCUUCAGAUUCAAAAUUGUUCAGGUGCAGCGAGUGCACAAGGUCCUUCAGGAAGAAAAGCUCUCUUGAAAAGCACAUGGACUCUGAACAUUUGCAAAGUGAGAGUCCAGAUGCAACAGACCAAGAAGCCUCAGAGGCAGCGUCUGACGAAGCAGGUUCAGACUCUGAUGCUGGUUCGACACAUGGCAAUGCAGAAGACACAUCUGGGCAAUCAUCAUCAUCGGAUGAAGGACGCCACUCGAGAAUUGAAUGGAAAUGCUCCGAAUGUGGCAAAGAGUUUUCAAGCAGGCCCGACCUAAGGAGACACGAGGAUACCCAUGUCUUUAUGUGUUUUUGUUGCAACCGAUUCUUUACAAACCGCAAGAGCUUGGACGAACAUGACUGUCCGCAAAAGAAACGUGACUCUCCGCAGAAGAAACGUGACCCUGCAAAAAUAGAGUGUGGUGUAUCCCCACGAGGUGAUUCACAUCGCUCAAAACCAAAGAAGGUUUGUCACAAUUGUGGGCUUUGCGAUAAAUCCUUUUCGAGUAUCAAAGAACUUGAGGCACAUCAAGAGACGCAUACUCUUGAUGAUGAGGAUCAGGGCACUCUACCCACUAGCAAUACCAGUACAGAAAAACCAAAGGAGUCAGAGAGUGCUUCAGCGAUACCAGAAAUUUUCCUUACCUGUAGAGUCUGCUUUAAAGUGUUCACAUCAAUAGAAGCAGUUCAUAAUCAUGAGCGCUCACAUUUUUCAUGAAAAAAAAUCUUCAAAUAUCAAAGGUUGCAGGAAAACCGAUGUUAUUUAUAAUUUAAUUAUUUUUUUUUUUGCAUACUAUUUUCAUAUGUAUGGAUGCUUUCCCCCCAAUAUGCAUUUUUAAUUGAUUGAAUGCCCCUUUAAAACAGGAAAGUACAAAUGCAUUUUUGUUGCUUUUUAGACAUAAUACAUUUCAAUCUGCAUAAAUUGCAUAAUCUUCUUAAUCUGAGCCUCUUUUUUAGACCAAAAUUAUGUUACAUAAUAUCUAUAUUCACAACUUUGAACUCCAAUUUCACAUGACAUUGGUGGUCGAUAUGCUCCCAAUUUCAAAAGUUCCAACCCUGCACAAGAGUUUUUGUGAAAGGUAUUUCAUCAUAUUUUUUACUCUUCAUACUAUUCCCUAUUUGUUUGUCUGUAUGCCCCCCAUGCCUAUUUUGAUGAUUGAAUUUCCCUUCAAAACAGAAGUUCAAUUACAAUUUUAGUUUCUUCCCAGACAAAAUACAUUUCAAUCUGCAUUGGUCGAUCAUAAGUCGCAUAAUUAUCCUAAGUCAGAGCUUUCUUCAAGACAAAAAAUCGGGGGGGGGGAAGUCAAAUAUAUUGCUGUACACAUGCGUGACCCCAAAACUGAUUUAAAGGGCCGCAUGUGCACUCGUUAAGGGUAUAAAAAAAACACUGAUUUUCAAAAAAAAAAUGUGUAGUUUUGAAAGACUGGUCAAGUGGUCAAUCGCAUGGUCAAAUGCAUUUAGGGUAUAUUUUUUGUCCAAAGCUUAUUUUUUUAAGACUAGCCAAAUUUGUUUAUGGUAUGUUUUUUCCCCUGGGUCAUGUUCUGGUGACAACUUAUUUAGGGGCCAAAAUGUGUAAAUAAACCCACAAAAAAACUUGUUUAGGGGUUUAUUUUGCACACAGAUAAAAACGUGUUUUAAUAGUGAGUGUUUGGAAAUAAUUUGGCCACACGAGCAAAAAAUAUGUGUUCUCUCCUGCUUUGAAGUAAAAAAAAUUCAUUUAAGCCAAAGUCAAACAUUGGCAUCUUCACCCGGAGCACCAAACAUGUUUUGAAGGUUUAAAGGGGAAGUUCGCCCUGACAAAAAAAUGCUGCUUAAGUAUUGAAGAAAGGCCAUCAAGGAUUAAAAAAGUUUAGAAUUUUUAUUUUUUUGAAUUGCGACUUCACAUGCAAGCAGCUUUCCCACGUAUCAUGUGGUAACAAAUGUUGUGAAAUGUCAUUUUCUCAGAAAAUUGACAAUGGUUUUUAUUUGUAUAUUCAGUAUAUAGACAAAUAAUUUCACACUUGCUCUCAAAAGAAAUAAAAAUAUGAGUCAUCAUAAAACAUUCAUAUUUAGAAAUUUACACAUUUUAUUCAACAUAACAUAUGUGGCAUCACAAAUUCCAAAUAUCAAAUUCUAAUAACUUAAUCUUUUUAUGGAUAUGCCUCAAACCUUCACCAAUAUUUAUAU